CCUCCCGGAAACAGUCGGGGGACUUCCGGAGGCGGGUUCAGCGGCUGGAAGCAGGCCUGGCCUGGGCGCAGAACUUUCCCAGGAGGAAAAGGUGCAACGCCUGUGGGCAGCCACUGAAGAAUGGCCAGUGAAGUUCAAGAGUCACUCCUGGAUAGUUCCUGUUCUGGCCCUGAGGAAGAUAGGGAUUCAGAUAGCGGCACUGUGAAUAAACAUCAGGACUUGGAUAGAGAUCAAAGUGAGCCUAAGACAGUUGCCAAAUGUUUGGGUGCAGAUGCCGAACAUUUGGAAAUGCCACCGCAGCCUGCUGAUCCAUGCCAGGCCACAAAAAUUACAGUGAAAUGUGAAGAGGAGCAAAAGACUGAGGCAGCCUUGGUGCCUCCACCUGUGGAGGUUGCUGUCCCUAUUCCAGUGCCACCCUUGAAUGAAGGGAAGGGAGCAAAACGGAUGAUGGAGGACGAUGCUGAUGCUUUUAAAGAAAUGCCUGAUGUCUGCCAGGAAGCUAGAGAGCCAGGAAGGGCUAUGCUGCUGCCUGAUCUCUUUGGGGAAGCUCAGGAAGCACAUAGCAGUUUGGACGUCAGCCAGGCAGGAGGCUGCACAAAGGUGGAACAGGCCUUCCCAUGCCUGUCCAACAUGGUCUCGGAAAAUCAGCGCAAACGCUUUCGGGGCUUUGCGUAUAAAGAGACUGAAGGUCCCCAAGUGGCUUAUGAGCGGCUCCAGGAAUUGUUGUUCCAGUGGUUGAAGCCAGAGGCCCGCAGCAAAGAGGAAAUCGUGGAGCAACUAGUCCUUGAGCAGUUCCUGAACCUCCUCCCUGAGGAUGUCCAGAAAUGGGUCCGGGAGCGUCACCCAGAAAAUGGGGAUGAGGCUGUCGCCCUGGCGGAAGACUACCAAUUUCUGCACCCUGAGCCUGGACGGCAGCCCUAUCCAGAAAGGGCGAGGCAGCGGGCUUCAGCAAGGAGUUGGCUCCGCUAAAGUCUCAAGAACAGACAGGCAGGAAGGGCUAUUUCUGAGGAGACUCAAAGACCUAGUAAUCUACCAAGCUGAAGAAUUUUGGAGUCACAAAUCACACCUCAUCUUUACUGAGUAUGAAAAUGUCUUUAAACCUUUUCCUACUGGGGAACCAUUCUCCCAGGGAAAGCCUAUGCCUCAUCUGAUGUGUAUCUGGGUACAUCUGAGUAUCUGAAGGAGAAGAAAGACUGGUAAAAACAUGUUAUGCCCUUAGUCGAUCCCAAGGCAUGCCUCUGGGCACUUUACAGCACAGGGAUGGGCUGGGGUGAGGGCAAAACAAGUUCAGCAUGUGAAAGGGGGAAGACUGGAAUGUACGUACUUGUGAGCCCUCUGAAGCAAUUCAAAAGAGAGGCCUUGCAAUAAGAAAAAUAAUAACACAUCACCUGACUCAGAUUGAUCUGAUGUAUCUGAGCCAGCUUUUGCAUAGCCUCUACAGUGGAUUACGUUUCUCUCCUCCAACUCUCCAAAAGUUGCUUGGGUGAAUCCGCUUUGUCCUACCCAUCUGCUAGCUGGCAGUAGUAGAGAAUAACAUCAACGUUUUGCUUUUUCCUCCUUCAGAGCACUGUCUCGUGUUUUGGAGAGAUUGAUCUCCUCUGUGCGCCCUUUCUGGGAGACCUGAUGCAGGCCAUAGCUGAAACCUCUAGAGCAUCAAUUGAAUGCUGCUCAGAACAUUUCAGGUGAAGAAGCGUCUCAGUGCAGAGAUGGCUAAGUAAUGCUAGGCUCCUUUUCUCAUGUUUGUUUCUUCCCCUUGCCAGUUUGUCUGCUGUGGGUAUAGGGCUGUCAUUGCUGGCAAAAGCUUCCACAUCUUUGCAGGCCCCACAUGGUCCUGCAUAUUCUGGUGGACUGUUACAGGUAUACAUUGGUUAGAUUGUAUGGAAAGUCCCCAAGGAGGCUUGCCGUAAGACUGGGCAGACUCAUUCCAAAAACCAGUGUAAACAUGUUUUAGCAGCAGCCAAACCAUAAAUCAAUCUAGGAAUCUUCUUAGAGAUGCCAAAGAGGCUGAUUAUUUGCUAGAAAGACACUUAAUGUUUUAAUUGGCAGACCAACCUCUCUCAUGAGGUUUGUGUAACAUUGUCAAUGGCUUGGACAGGAUUUAAAGCCUGCCAUUCUGAUGUGCAAAUCAAAUUAAUCAUCAUUCAAUGGACUGCCUGUGGAUUGGAUGUCAUAUGCUUUGAACACAUCAGACUGUCUUCUCUUUAGCAGCAGAUUGGAAGAAAUUGGUUAGAAAAGAAAGAGUUGUAGCUGCCUUUUCUUUCUGCCUGAACACAUACUAAGAUUACUGCACCAGAACUCCUGUUUGUAGAAGAACUAAGUUUUUGAAUCUCUUUGGAAUCCUAACACAAUGUUGCUUACAUUCUUGCCUUGUAAAAGUUGGCUGGAUUUUUAGCCAUGCUUUUAUUUGUGUAAACCAUUUUGGGGGGGGAGUGCUUGUGGAUGAGUGCAUGGAAGAAAGAGUCCUUCCCACACAUUGACUGAAGAUACCAUCUAUUCAUAUUCUUCAAAGUUUCUUGCUGGUCUUUUCAUAUCAGUCUUGCUAAAUUCAAAGAAAUUUGGGUGGCCACUUCUCGCAAGGCCCUUUUAAGCUAGUGGUUGCUACAUCUGCCCACAUUUGAUUUCCUCUAACCAUUCCUAAAAAUACAACCUGUGCUUGACACCUUGGGCCAUAAGCAUCAGUGGCUGGAUUUGCACAACAUACAAAUUCAGGAAUGUGACUUUUUUUCUGGCCUAGUCCACUUGCUUGGUCUUUGAAUGGCAUACUGGGGUGCUGCUCUCCUGGAGCUGGGACAGAAACUUAAUUUGACUUAAUUUCAUUUACAUGAAACUUUAAUAAAAAUUAAACUACA